AUGCAGAACCCGGCUUCUAUCGAGACGGCCAUCGUGCACCCAGUUACAUACCGCUGGACAAGCGGUUGCCAAUCUACCAACGAAGCUCGUUGCAACCUCAGUGUGAUGUGCUCGCAGAAGAACUUUCGUCGCCGCCGGUUGUCUUGGGACGAAGCUGCUGCUCGCGGCGCAAUCGACAAUGUCUGUGACAUCCCCCGCCGCCCUAGCACGACUAAAGCUUGCUCGUCAGCCGCCUCGCCCGCUCGAGUUCGGUUUAUAUACGAGGACGAAGAUGCCAAGGCUCGUGUGUGUGGAAACGUGCAACAAAUACUCAACGUCGUGCAAGAAGACCCUCAAGCCAUAUCUGCCAACGCGCAGGUAGCGCGUAAAGUACUUAAGUACCGCCGCAUCAUGGAGAGGCUAGACAACGUGAACGUAGAAGACCCAGACUUCGACGUGUCUGCCUUUUUUGGUAUUGAGUGGUGCCACGUGGAUACACCCUCAAGCUGA